UUUCUUCCUGCCAAGAACGACUACCGCGCCGUGCGUGAGGGACUUCAUGCUGAGAGCGAGUGCGUACUCUGAUGAGAAUUUCGAUGCGAUCAGUUGCAUUUGCUAGCCGGUAGCCAUCUAGUGCGAGAAGCGCAUCCUGAGAAAUAUCUAGAAACGCGUCGAGUUCCUCUUAGUAUCGCGUUCUUUGUUGCAUCAGUCAUUGUCAGUUUUUUCUUGUCGUUGUCGUCGGCUUUGAUCGACUUAUCCGAUCGUUCGUCAGGAGGUCUGCCUCCUACGUCUGACUCUUUCCCGCGAAGCUUGCAGCCGAUAAUUUAUCCACCUGUUAGCCGUCAAUGAGAGCAGUAAGACAGCCAAAAUGGAGGACAUGGAAGAUAUGAGGACGACAGUGGAGCUGUACAUUUAUGACCUUACUAAGGGUAUGGCAGCAAUGAUGUCGCGAUUACUCAUAGGUCGUCAGUUGGACGGAAUAUGGCAUACGGCGAUAGUUGCGUACGGAAGGGAAUAUUUCUUUGGCCCGGCUGGUAUACAGAGUGUUCGACCUGGCGGCACAGAGCUAAGGGAACCGCAAAAAAUCGAGAAGCUCGGUGAGACUUACCUACCGUACUCAGUCUUCUUAGAGUACAUAAAUGGGCUAGGAACUUCUACAUUCGCACCGGGCACGUACAAUCUUUUUAAGCACAACUGUAAUUACUUCACAGAGGAACUUAGCAAUUUUUUGGUAGGCAAGGGCAUUCCCAAAUAUAUUCUAGAUCUACCAGAAGAGAUAUUACAAACACCCGUUGGACAAGCACUAGGUCCAUUGAUAGAAACAUUAAGUAAUAGCGCAAGUGCUGGAUUCACAGUCGGCCAAAGGUUCGUUGAAGCGAGGAUCCAGAGAGAAGCUUCGCCAGAAUAUCAACUUCUAAAUACGGCUAUCGAAGAAGCAAGAUUAAAUUCAAUUGCAUUAGAAGAACGCAGGAACGUCAUUAACGAAAAGCUAGCAAAAAAAGACCGGAAAAAGAAAAAGAAGAAGAAGGACAAGAAAGAAAGGAGUAGCAAGGAGACUACUAGUAGCGGUAGCAACAGUACCGAACCGAGCAAUUGCUGCUUAGAUAUGGCAGAGAAAGAGAGUGUUAUUAGUGAUAUACAGCAGCAACCGUCUAAUGGGGAACCUGCAGCUGCAGAGAUGUUGCCUUCUGAACGUGUAAUGCAAAUGGAAGAAGAUGAGAAACGGGAGGAAGAGGAGAAAAAACGCUGUCGAGAUCCACCGAUAGUCUUUAAAGAUAUUGUAAGCGUUCAAGCGCAGUAUGAAGGUUUAGUAGCCGUCCUUGAGGGAAAAUUGAAUGACGAGGAACGAACGUGCUUAGAUGAAUUACGAUUAUACGUCUUGGAAAAUGAGGGUUCUUGGGCGUUGGGCGAUAAUUUUCUGAACUUUGUAGGUCGAAUUCUUUAUGACAAGUCGUUGGACAGUGACGCACGUAUAAAAUUAUUGAAUGUAUUAUCCGUUGCUGCAUUGAAGGACGAUGUGAUUUUACUGCUACACCAAGAUAGACGAGAACAUAUAAUUAUGAAUUAUGCUUUUGAUAUCGAUCGUCAUUCGCAGGAGGAGCAACUUUCACUCGCGCAAUUUUUAGCCAACAUGUUCGAGAACCUCAGCAGUUCGGAAUGGUUGCUUUACAUAUCCGAAUGGCAACAUCAGAAUCAGAAUAUCAGCAACAUAAGAGUGACGACCAAAGUCGCGGUGCACUCAUUGCUCUCGAACUCGGAGGACCUGCAGAUUCGCGGCGCUGCCAUCAUCCACAACCUUGCUUGCAAGGAGAAAAUGAACAAAAGCAAAAAUCUACGGCGACUUUUACCGAAAGGCAGCAUUUCUAAGGUAUUCGAUGACGUUGCUGUGGAGCUGACGAUGGCAUUGCUGCAAUACUUUAACGGCAGUCCUGCAGAGGAGCAACUUUAUGCAUGCAUGAAAUCAUUGGCGCGUUUCACGCAGAUCAGUGGUCAAGAAGUACCUCAGCUUAUACAAAUGAUCGGGCCUGAGCCAAACAAGUUCAGGGGGACUUCUCAGAGAAUCGAUGAACAGAUUGAUCAAGUCAACAAAAAGCUACGCUAAAUAUUUUUCGAAAUGUCAAGGAAAAAGCCGUAUUCCAAACGCGAGAUGAAAUCAAACGCACUACAUCCAAAUGGAUUUUUAUUUAGAGAUACUUAUUCUCUCUCAUCAUUCUCUCUCUCCUCCUCUCUCUCACGCGUGUUAUGAUUAUUAUUAAUUAUUGUUGUCACUUUAAUAUUAUUAUUAUUUUAUUAUUAUUAUUACACAACUAUAUUAUAAUUAUUAUCAUUGUUGUUGUUGUUAUUGUUGUUGUGAUAGUCAUGCGAGGUGCUGUGUAUUCUCAAUCUUCUUUUCACUUUUGUAUUAUGAUAGUGUGACUUUUUCAUAGAGAGCCGAUAUUAGCAUAGCGCUCCGCUGCUUUGAUGAAAAACAGAUGGAAGCGAAAGCCAUUGCGCGUGAUGUAAUGAUAACCAAUAUCCUUGCUUAUACGCGCGAUUGUGUGUUUUCUAAUAUCUCUUUAUAGAUAUUCGGCGCGACAAAACAUAUGGAUUAACUAUAUUGUUAGAAUGGGGAGCCGCAGGAGCCAGACGCGCUCCACUGAUUAUAUCUACAUUUGGCGCGACGGGAAGCAUCAUGCGAAUACGCAAUAAAUGCUAGCGAGAACGAA